AUGACGGGUACGUUUUUCCUUUCAUUUCCGCCCGGAUGGUGCGCUGCUGCUGCUGCUCUUGGGGUGGGGUGGGGUGGCUCGCUUCAGGUGAACGGAAUCAACACGCAAGGAGAGAACAUCGCGGACAACGGCGGCCUCAAGCAGGCCUACAGGGCGUUCAACCGGCUCGAACAGCGCCUAGGAGUGGAGCCCCGCUUGCCCGGCCUGCAGGAGUACAACUCGAAGCAGAUGUUCUGGAUCGCGGCGGGCAACACCUGGUGCGGGGCGUACCGCAAGGAGGCGCUGAAGAUGCGCGUACUCACGGCCCGCCAUUCCCCGGCACAGUUCCGCGUCAACGGCCCCGUGUCCAACAUGCCAGACUUCGCCCGCGACUUCAACUGCAAAGCCGGUGCCAAGAUGAACCCCGUGCAUCGAUGCUCAGUGUGGUGA